AAAUUGUGAAUGAGUGUAGUCUGACAGCUAGCGUGUUACAGCUCUACAAUAAUACCCUUCUCGCCGAAGCUGUGGCUAUAGGACCUGGUAAAGGGGUUUUCGUCUUUGUUCGCUUGUGCAUACAUUAGCGGGGUGUUGCGACUCAUAUGCAUAAUAUCAGAGUAGCAGUGCAGGUGCCUUGACUAUUAUUGAAGAUUUUGAAAAGCAGUAAACAAAGACAAAGGUUCGAUUAACUAAAUCAUUUUACCGGGACUCAGAAAGAGAGAGAAGUAUGGAACCAAAAGAUAAAAAUCAAGUGCUGAUAUUUUACCUAGAUCCGCACAGGUCUUGUUUUCUUCACGUGUAAGCGAGCUUAUUUGAUUUGCUCGACACUGACUUGUGGUUCGUGCGGGGAAUGUCCGUUCAUCAGACAGGGUAGUAAAAGAGAACAAGUAUGGCGUUGUGUGGAUGUUGCGCGUCUAAACCGUCGCCAACUAAUAGUGCAUCUGAAGACGAGAGCACAGGCCCGGAGAGCAAGGAGGAAAUAUUGCUUGCAAAUCAAAAUGGGAAUGCGUCAACCUACGAGAACAUACGAAAACGAUCUGCUGCAAAACGAGACAAGAAACAUGCGGAAUAUGGGAAAAGGAAGAUGCGGGAAGUCUUUGCUUAUUACAUAAACCAUUGCACACUUCACGGAUUUCAUUAUAUUUUCGAGACAAAGUCUCUAUUUCGUAAGAUCGCUUGGUUUAGCGUUCUAGCAAUUGCUGGGGGUUUCUUCUUUAAGGAGAUCAAGACCAGCACAACGCAGUAUUUUAAAUACCCUUUUAGCAUUAUGUCGACAGUGGAAUACCCCAGAACUUUAGUGUUUCCGGCGGUCACAAUAUGUGAUUUUCAUGACAUUCGCCAAACAUUAGUCAGCAAUGCCAAAGGCGAGCAGGCAAUAAAUAUUUCUUCCUCAGAAAAGUUAGAAACUUUAGCCAGGAAGACGUAUAAGAGUUUUAACGAAACUCUGAUAUCUUGCUCUUUGAGGCGCGGCGUUCGGGGCGCAAGACCUUUCAACAUUCACGACUUUAAGGUGUUCUUCACGGCUAAAGGCCAAACAUGCUAUACGUUCAAUGCUGCUAUGGACGGCAAGAAACUCCUGGAAGUUGACAAUGUUGGGCCUAAGUUUGGACUGGAGAUUUACCUAAAUGCCCAGCAUUGGUGGUUUAAGGACGAUGUCAGGGAGAGUGGGUUUCGGUUUAUUCUUCAUCAACAAGAUGAUUUGCCGCUCACUAGGGAAGGUUUCCGAGUAUCGUCUGGGUAUGUCACCUACGUGGACAUGAGACUGGAAAAGGUGAAGAACCUCCCUUAUCCCUUCAGCUCAGACUGUGAUGGUCGCGGUCUGGACCUCUACCCCAAGUACUCGCGCAAUAAUUGCUAUAUGGAGAGCCUGACUAAAUACAUCCUCCAGCAGUGCAAAUGCAGGGCCUGGUUCAUGGCAGAUGUUAUCAAUACUUCUACAUGCAGUAUAAAGGAAGCGUUGGACUGUAUGUGGCCAGCUUGGGAGGACUUUGACAACGCCUACAACUACACCUGUCCUGUGGACUGUGAGGAACGCGUGUAUAAAACACGGCUGUCGUCCGCGCUCUUCCUACCGCAGAAGUUGCUGCCUCUAACUAAGAAGUACAAAUUUCUAAUGAGACCAAAGGGAAUACCUAACGAUACUGAUGGCGCAGUGGACUUCAUCCUGGAAAAUUACUCGGUUAUCAACCUGUUCUUUGAUGAACUUCGACUGGAUACGAUACAACAAACACCCGCUUACGGCUUCUUUAGACUUGUUGGUGACGUGGGCGGACAGCUCGGGCUAGUACUUGGCGCCAGCGUCAUUACGAUCGUGGAGAUCAUUGAUCUUGUCAUCAUGUACUCCAUAUACUGGAUAAAGUCUAAAACUGUACCCAGAGCGGCGACAAGCUGAGCCUUCCAUGACCGUUUCCAUUGGCAAGCGGGCUUCGCCAAGAGUGUAUAUUACACUUGAUCAUGAGCGAGGUGGAGUUUGCAGUGCAAACAUGUUUGGUUACUUUCACUUGAGUCUCAGACUGAGUAUGCUGAUAAGACUGUCCUCAGCAGACAGAGAGCUGAUAAUGAUGAGAGACAGCCUAGUUACGAAUGAGGAGAGUUGUACAAAAUAACAGAGGAGAGUCUUUAUAUCCCUGAUUUAGCAAGAAUGAAGGACGUUGAAGCAAGGAUGAAUUUACCAAGUACCCGGGGGUUAAGGUCCGUAAGACGCCACCAUUUUUUUGGAUUACAUUCAUGGCCUGAAUUCAUUAGGAUGUGAUAAACGGCUAGCGUGAAACGCCCUAAGGGAUAGCA